CUGGCCUCCCCAGCCCUAGACCUGGAUCCCGACCCGGACCCUGAGCCUAAUCAGGAUCCCUCUCACGAAGAGCAUUAUGUGAGCGAGGGGGAGUGCAGCCAGCUUGACUCACACCUGGCACCGCCCUUCCGCAGGGACGCCGAAACCAUCACAGAUGUGUGCAACAGUACCGACCUGCCCGAGUUUGAGAUCAUCAGCCUUCUGGAGGAGCAGCUGCCGGUGUACCGGCUCCGGGCUGACACCGUCUACGGCUACGACAGCGAUGACUGGCUCCACACUCCUCUGGUCACGGACGCCAGGCUCGACCUGACCACGGAGCAGAUCGAAGAGACGCUCAAAUACUUCUUGCUAUGUGCGGACAGAGUGGGCCAGAUGACGAAGACCUACAAUGACAUUGACGCUGUCACACGGUUGUUGGAGGAGAAAGAGAGAGAUCUGGAGUUGGCUGCAAAGAUCGGCCAGUCACUUCUCAAGAAGAACCGAACUCUCACUGAACAAAAUGACUAUCUGGAGGAGCAAGUGGGGCAGAUCGCAGAGGAGGUGGCCCAGCUUCACCAUGAGCUGAACCUGAAGGAUGAGCUGCUGCAGUUUUACACCAACGCAACUGAGGAGAGUGAGGAUGAGUCCACCGGCUCCCCGACAGGUAAGAAGUGUAAAGAAGCUUCGGGAGGCUUUGUGGGCAACACGCUGCAGAGGAAACUCAAAGAGCUCGAAGAGGAGAACCUGUCGCUCCGUUCAGAGGCUAACCAUCUGAAGUCAGAGACUGAAACGUAUGAAGAAAAAGAGCAGCAGCUGGUCAAUGACUGUGUGAAAGAGCUUCGCUUGUCGAGUCUCCAGAUCUCUGCCAUAGCGGAGGAGCUGGCCCGUAAGACGGAGGAUGCCGCCCGGCAGCAGGAGGAGAUCACACACCUCCUCUCUCAGAUAGUGGACCUGCAGAAGAAGGCCAAAUCGUAUGCAGUAGAAAAUGAGGAGCUCUCUCAACAUCUGAUAGCAGCUAAAGAUGCCCAAAGGCAGCUUACAACAGAGCUGCAGGAGCUGGAGGAGAAGUACCUGGAGUGUAUAGAGAUGCUGCAUGAAGCUCAGGAGGAGCUGAAGAACCUGAGGAACAGAAAUUACUCUGGCGGACCGCCCCGGCGCUAUCAUCCCCUGGGACUGUACCCAAUGGAUUCCCUGGCCGCUGAGAUCGAGGGAACGAUGAGGAAGGAGAUGAGUUUGGACGACCCCGAGUGUGAGGAACAGAAGAUCCAUCAGAAGCGCGUGUUUGAAACAGUGAAGAACAUUAACCAGACCGUCCGACAGCGCUCACUGACGCCAACUAGCGCCAACAUCCCAGGCUCCAACCAGUCACUGUCUGCUCGGACGUCCCCCCAGUCCAGCGGCCUCUCCACGCCCCACUCCACUCUGUACGGAGACAAUGUUGCCCUGGACAACCGGGCACAGAGCAUCCUUAUGGAGACAGCAUCCAAUCAGGACAGUACUGAAUGUCACAAGAAGGCGGGUGGGGCCGAGGACCUGCGGCUGGCCCUACGCCGUCUCUCUCUGCGUCGGCAGAACAACCUCAGCGAGAGGCGUUACUUUGAAGAGGAGAGGGAGCGGCGGCGGGGAGGACACGCUGGGCUGGACGACGGCCUCGGCCACGAGGGCCUCCUGACCCCGUCCGACAGCAUCAUGUCCCUCGGGAACCUCCACCUGUGGGCCUCACGUGGGCCCUACCUCCCCGAUAAGCUCCAGAUCGUCAAGCCGCUUGAAGGCUCAGCCACUCUGCACCACUGGCAGCAGCUGGCGCAGCCUCACCUGGGUGUGAUCCUGGACGCCAGGCCGGGAGUCGUGCCGAAGGGCUACAGGCCGCUGGAGCUGGAGCUGGAGCAGGUGUACCCCUGGGGCGGUUUCGAGGAGGACGAACCAGGAGAGCAAUACUUCCAGAACCUGCCCACCUCCACGGCAUCCGCCUCUCCGGCCGUGCCCCCCGUCUCCAGCACGGCUGACCCCAACCCCGGGCAGCCGCCACCUAGUCAAGCUCCCCCGUCUCCGCCGUCUUCAUCCCCGUCUCCGCAUCUUAGCAACACCGAUGCACUGGCUGCAUACUACCCAGGGAAGUGCAUGGCCCACACCAGCUCCACCUACACCUUUACAACCUGCCGGAUCCUCCAUCCAACAGACGAGCUGACGCGGGUCACACCGAGUCUGAAUCCGACCCCGGCGUCAUCCUCCUGUGUGAUGACCAGCACCCUGCUGGCUACUCCUGCUGCUACUCCCUGCACGCCGCGCAGACUCGGCCUGCGGCCCUCUGAAUCCUCAACUAACCUCAGAGAUGCAACACGUACCACCAGCACCUCUCUGGGGUUAGUGCGCCUCCUCCAGGAAAGAGGCAUCUCAGCUGCCAUGUAUCACCAGAGCCAGGGCCUGGAGCACGGCCAGGCCAGCGGCGUCCUGCUCAGCACCUCCAUAGCUCCCAACCGAGCACCCACUCAUUACCCGCUGCGCCCGUCUACGCCUCCAAACUCCCCCACAAGGCCUAGCGCCUCAGCUCUGCCCACCUCCGCGGGCUUCGACUUCAAGAGCCCGUCUUACGACAACUUCCUGGCCUCCAAACCGGCGCACUCCAUCCUGAAGGAGGUGACCCGCGGGAUGAGAGGCCGGCAGAGGGGGAGGGACUGCGAAAGCCAGACGGACGUUAGCGUGACCGUCCAUAACCUCAACUUGUUGGACAAGGUGAAGCGCCUAGGUGUGGCCGGCAGCAGGGCGGGGAGCCCGGGUCCCAUCCUCGGGCCUCUGGGGGGGCUGCGCAGGUCCGGCUCCCCUUUCGGCCCGGAUGGAAUGAGGAGGAACCGGAGUUAUCCAGGCAUGGUUGGAGCCAGCAUGGUCAUGAAAGCCCCGGGACCCCAGGAGUAGCCCGGAGCUCUUCGGGGAGCCAAGUAGGAGCCAGGAAGGGUGGAGAACCGGCUGCUGAAUGACAACGUUUGAACUCAAUGACCCUGCUGGUUUCCAAUCUCUCCUGUGGUUCUUCAUGAACACCAAACACUCUAGUGCUUUUAAGUUAUGACUGAUGCUUGAAUUCUAAAGAGAAAAUAAACAAACUUAAGGGGUUAGUUCACCCAAAUCAGAAAAAACAACAUCAUCUGACACAUUUUUCAAUAUAUGAGAAAUAAUAUGCCCAAGUUUUGUGUUUUUGUGCCCAGAUUUGGACAAAUCUCUGAAUAAGACGAUUUCAGAAAUUCAGCAACUGCAGUAUAGCCCUGCUCGUGAGUCAGUCUUCUGCUUUGGCUGAUAUAUUUAGCUGAUAUAGCACCGGAAGCAGCUUUGGCACCGACUGACGAUUAGCUCCUUUUAGCAUGCAAACAGUGUAAAUUAAAAAGAGGUGGCACUGUAAUGUCCGUCCCAAAGCACUGCUUCAUCUUGUGAUAGUUUGGGCACAGAUGUUUUAAAAUCUGGAAACAAAACAUUUUAAAUGUAAUUUCAUUGUCAAUCACUGGGUGAAGUGACCCAUUAAAACAUGCCGGUAGUGUAGCCACUAACACCCCUGCUCCGGAGACUGACUCUGCUGGCUAGAUGUUGUACUCCCACGCCCUCCUUUUCUAAAGGUCCCACUCACAUCCAGACGCACCGCGCCGACACCGUCUCUGCAGCUGCUGUAGCACUAACUCUCCCACUUCCUCUUCGAUGCCACUGGACAAAGAUCCACAUUUUAUGAAUGCAAUUUCUUUUGCUUGUUUUACAUAAAAUGUGUGUCACAUUUAUUCUUAUUCAAAGGAAUUGGUGUGAUUCUGACAAGUCAGAUUUCCUGGUAGUAUUAAAGAUGGUUUGGUGUUUCUUUGCCAACUGGAAAUUUAGGGAGUGUCCAUCAAGCUGCACGGAUCGAUGCACUGAAACCACGGAUUAACAAAGAGGGCAGAGAGCAGGAUGGGGGGAAUUGAUUGGGGCUAAUAAACCCGUGUGGUCGGAGGCUUUGGGGCAUUUUCCUGAAUCUUUCCGUCCCCAAGAAGGAAGCAAUAUAGUGUCUCGGUCUCUUCUUGUCACUGUGCUCUUUAUUUAAGUGUGGAGCAGCUCAAAGCCACAGCUGGAGUUGCAUUUACUUAUUUUAAUUUAAUCAAUUUUUCAUUAAAAAAGAACAUUGUUGUCAAACUCUAUAAACUGGUCAGUGUCACUGAAAUCGAUUACACGCUCAAAAGCAAAUUGUUAUGUGACGUGCGUAACCAAGGAACCACAUAAGUAGUGGGGUGAGUGUGUAAUCUUUUUUUUUUUUCUUUUUUUUUCCAAAUAAACAUCAUCACAUGAAAAACUAAUCUUACAAUUUGUCCUCUCUCCGGGACGGUGGUUAUUUCCGUCUUAAUGAAAACAUGACUCAUCCCCGGCCGAGGUAAUCACGACAAGAAAAAGAGGCCCGAACCUGAGAUUAUUACUUAUCCCCCUCCAGCAGAUGGUGCUCACAAAUAACUCUACACGUAGAAAGUAUGUGAAGUAUUGUUCAUCUGUCUGCCCACAUUUGGGCUGUCAUAAAUCCAUUUCCCAUUCC